AUGACUUUGACUCACGACCAAGGAAUGACUUACUCCAAAAUGAGGAGGCUUGUGUCAUUUUUCUCAGCUCUGCUCAAGGGGAGGAAAAAUCUCUUCGGGGAAUUGUUACACAAACCCGGCCCCUAUCAGCCCCUUUGCCAGCACCAGGACACUCCGAGGAUCCCUCGCCCAUGGAACAAAAAAAGUAACAAGACGAUGGAGGACAAAGGCACCAUGGUCGCAGUAAAGUCUCACCUCUCCUUGAUGAAACCUUCUGACUUUGAUUACCUCAAAGUUAUCGGCAAAGGGAGUUUUGGAAAGGUGCUGCUGGCACGACAUAGAAAACAUGGAGGCUACUAUGCUGUGAAAGUAUUACAAAAACAGACCAUUGUUAUGAGGAAAGAGCAGCAACAUGUGAUGGUUGAGAGGAGCGUACUACUUAAAGGACUACAGCACCCCUUCCUGGUGGGACUCCACUACUCCUUCCAGACACCAAACAUGCUCUACUUUGUCGUGGACUACGUGAAUGGAGGAGAGCUUUUCUACCAUCUCCAGAAAGAGGGCUCAUUUCCUGAAAGCAGGGCUGCUUUUUACGCUGCAGAAAUGGCCAUGGCGCUGGGCUACCUUCACUCCUUAGACAUUGUUUACAGAGAUCUAAAGCCGGAGAACAUUUUGCUGGAUAGCGAAGGUCACGUGAAGCUGACUGACUUUGGACUAUGCAAGGAAGGCGUGGCUGCAGGCGGGCUUAUGCGUACUUUCUGUGGAACGCCUGAAUACCUGGCUCCGGAGGUGCUGCAAGGUCACACGUACAGUCCUGCAGUGGACUGGUGGGGACUUGGCAGUGUGCUUUUUGAGAUGCUAUAUGGACUGCCUCCAUUUUACAGCCACAGCAAAGCAGAGAUGUUUGAGAAGAUACUCCACGCACCUCUUCACCUGCGUAGCGGAACAUCUGAGGCGGCGUGCUCACUCUUAGAGGGCUUACUGGAGCGAGAGGUCUCCAGACGCUUGGGGGAGAGCCGUGACAUUGAGGAGCUGCAGGAACAUCCAUUCUUUGCUUCUAUCAACUGGGAUUGCCUACUGGCCAAAAAAGUCAGACCUCCAUUCAUCCCCAAUGUGACGAGUCCUUGUGACAUCAGCUAUAUCGACCCCGAGUUCACGCUACAACCCGUGCCUGCCUCCAUGAAUGACAGAUGUCCAAUUGGCGGGACAACUGAAACCUUCAUAGGGUUCUCCUACAUGAAGACUACAUGA